UAGAGAGAUACUGAGAGAGAGAGAGAGAGAGAGACCCAUCCUACUGCGACAGGCUGCUUCACUAUUAACAAAGCUGAGGCAGGAGGAGAGAGGAGGCAGAGAAUAUCGCUCCGGCGCUCCUGACUGUAACACACGGGGCUCGGUGGCUCGGUUCGCUCGGCGGGUCGCUGGUCGGGGUUUGGGCCGGUUACCGGAGGAGACUCCGCGGAGAACUGCAGACUCACCGUCAGGUGCAGGAGCCAGCGGAGGGCCGUCUCGCCUGGGCGUGGCUGAGGAAGGAGGAUGAGGAGUCUAUUGUUUGUGCUGGCACUCAGCUCGCUGGCACCGAGAUACGCUGCGAGUGGGGAAGUGUGUGUGUCGGGUCAUGACAGCGGGCCAGUGUUUGAAGAGCAGCCAUCCAGUCUGAUUUACCCAGAAGGCCUGCCUGAGGGGAAAGUGACCCUGAAUUGCCAGGCCAGAGCCAGCCCUGCGGCGUCCUACAGGUGGCGAGUGAACGGGUCGGAGGUGCUGAUUGGAGAAGACUCUCACUACACGCUGGUGGCCGGAAACCUGGUGAUCAAUAACCCACAACAUGGACGCGAUUCUGGCUCUUACCAGUGUCUCGCUGUCAACCGCUGUGGCACCAUCGUUAGCCGCGCCGCUAACCUCAAAUUCGGCUACCUCCGUGAUUUCCCUUUAGAAGGCCGGAGUCCUCAGACAGCUUACGAGGGUACCGGAACUUUCCUGGCCUGCCAGGCACCAGCUCAUUAUCCAGCUCUCUCCUACCGCUGGAUCCUCAACGAGUUCCCGAGCUUCGUCCAGCCCGACGGAGGCAGGUGGUUUGUCUCUCAGGUGACGGGAAACCUGUACCUGGCCAAUGCCAGAACCAACGACACGGGCAACUACUUCUGCCUCACCACCAUUAACAUGGACAUCAGCACCAAGAGCACCUUCAGCAAAGCCGUCCAGCUCACAGUGCAGCCUGAGGCUACCCCCAGGAAGUCGGCCCCGAACAUCCGCGUGCGCUUCCCCUCAGAGACGUACGCGCUGGCUGGACACACCACCCAGCUGGAGUGUUUCGCCUACGGCAAUCCUACACCGAAGCUGCGCUGGAGGAAGGUGGAUGGGAUCUUACCCUCGAAGGUGGGAGCGAGUGCAGAUGGACCUAUCCUGACCCUUCCUGACCUGAGCUUUGAUGAUGAGGGCGUGUAUGAGUGUGAAGCCUACAGCUCAGAGGGACGGGAUACACACCAGGGGCGCGUCUCUGUCCAAGCUCAGCCCGAGUGGCUGCAGGUGAUGAGUGAUUCCGAGGUGGAGAUCAGUUCCGAGCUGCACUGGAGUUGUGUAGCUGCAGGAAAACCACGACCGAGCAUCCGCUGGCUACGCAACGGACUGCCUCUCAGCACACAGGACCGCGUGGAGGUCACCAACGGCCUCCUGAAGAUCAGUAACCUGGCCCUGGAGGAUUCUGGGAUGUACCAGUGUGUGGCGGAGAACAAGCACGGCACCAUCUACUCUAAUGCAGAGCUCAGGGUUCAAGUCCAGGCUCCUGAUUUCAGGCUGAAUCCGGUGAGGAAGCUGGUUCCGGCAGCCCGUGGCGGUCAGGUGAAGAUGGAGUGUAAACCUCGAGCUGCUCCUAAACCCACGCUCUUCUGGAGCCGCGGCACUGAGCUCCUGACCAACAGCAGCAGGGUAACGGUCAUGCCUGACGGGGUCCUGUGGAUCUAUAACAUCAGCCGGGCCGAUGAGGGGAAGUAUACCUGCUUCGCGGAGAAUUACCUGGGCAAAGCUAACAGCACCGGCCACCUGUCUGUCAGAGACGCCACCAAAAUUACAUUAGCACCCUCCAACGCCGACAUCAACCAGGGAGAAAACGUCACGCUGCAGUGCCACGCCUCCCACGACCCAACCAUGGACCUGACCUUCACCUGGUCCCUCAACGGAGUCCUGCUGGACCUGGAGGAACCAAACGGCCACUACCAUCGCAUAGAAGGGAAGGAAAAUAUUGGUGACCUCGCCAUCGUGAACACUCAGCUGAGUCAAGCAGGCAUCUACACAUGCUCCGCCCAGACAGUAGUAGACAGUGCGGUAGCAUCCGGCCGGCUGGUGGUGAGAGGUCCUCCGGGGCCCCCUGGGGGUCUGGUGGUGAAGAGCGUGAACGAGACAGCGGUGGAGCUCAGAUGGAGUCGUGGGUACGACAAUCACAGCCCCAUCGGGAAGUACGUCAUCAUGGGCCGCUCUGAGCACUCGCACGACUGGAAGAAGAUGAGGACAGAUCCUGCUAACAUCGAGGGUAAUGCUGAAUCUGCUCGUGUGAUUGACCUACGACCCUGGAUGGACUACGAGUUCCAGGUCAUUGCCAGCAACAUUCUGGGCAGCGGAGAACCCAGCAUGCCCUCCCAGCCGGUCCGGACCAAACAGGCAGCUCCUACAGUGGCACCCAGUGGUCUGGGUGGAGGAGGAGGAGACCGCAACGAGCUCAUCAUUACUUGGACACCCAUGGCACGGGAAUAUCAGAACGGAGACGGGUUCGGCUACAUCCUGGCCUUCCGGAAGCUGGACGCUCCGGCGUGGACGGUGGUGCGUGUUCCCAGCGUAGAAUCUUCCCGAUACGUCUACACCAACCAGAGUCUCUCGCCUUACUGCCCCUUCGAGGUGAAAAUCAAAGCAUACAACCGGAAAGGUGAAGGCCCGUUCAGCCAGAUCGCCGUGGUGCACUCUGCAGAGGAGGAGCCCACCGUGUCUCCACGCAAGAUCAACGCCACAGCACUGACCGCCUUCGAGAUCCUGGUGUCCUGGGAACCCGUCCAGCAUUUAAGCACCAACGGAGUUCUCCGCGGAUACGAGAUCCGAUACUGGCGGCAGCAUGAGAGGGAAGCUGCAGCAGACCGGGUACGGACAGCAGGGCUGGAGAACACAGCGCGGGUUUCUGGGUUGAGACCCAACACCCUCUACCACGUCACUGUUCUGGCUUACAACAGCGCUGGCACUGGCCAACCCUCGCCACGGACCACCGUCAUCACCAAGAAACCCCCCCCUAAUCGACCUCCAGGGAACGUUUCAUGGAAAACAGAUGGUGCUUGGGUAACGCUCAGGUGGGAUCACGUUAAAUCCAUGGACAACGAGUCUACAGUGCAGGGCUACAAAGUUCUCUACAAACAUGAAGGACAGUCAGCUCUAAAAGUUCUGGACAAAGGCAAGACGUCAGUCAACCUCCCCCUGCCCAAAGACAAUGGCUACGUGGUUCUAGAGAUCCGCUCCUGGGGAGAAGGAGGUGAUGGAGCAGCUCACGAGGUCAUAGUAUCCCGAGAUUCAGGAACUGGAAUGAUGGUCCAGAACAACAGUGCCGGCGUCUCCAGACCCUCCCGCUCGUCAGCCCUGCUGUCUGCUGCAGCCGUCCUAACUAUAAUUGGCUUAUUGUUACUGUGAUGAGCCAGUGUUAAGGUCUGUCUGCCCCCCUCCUGUACCCCACAGAUAGAUAUUGGCUGAUUAUCCUGUGCAGGAGGGGUGGGACUGCGGGGGCACUGGGGUAUUUGAUUGGGCAGGUCGGGGUGUGGGGGCUGUUUUAUUAUUUUGUAUAAAAAAAGGACAUUUUUUAAUAAGGACUACUACUGGUCAUUAUUGUGGGAUGUACGCAGGGCUGACUAUGUGAUUGUGUCGUAAAAACUUCGCCUUAUAGGAAAAUCAGCUCGUUUCUUGGUUUAAGUAGAAAUGGGCGGUGAUUUUUCGAAUAUUCGGUACCAAGUUCUUAAACCAAGUUUGUUUACAUGCACUGAAAAAAUCCUUUUAGAACUGGAUUAAGAACAGUUAUCUGUUCUAUCUAUUUAAGCAAACUGAAACUGAUGGAUUCAAAUGAUUUUCAUCUUCUAGCUGAUGCACUGAAUCAGUCAAAAGUUUAGAAGUUUGUUUUUUCAUUAUUAAAAAUUGUUCUCUAUUGUAGAUUAAUACUAAAGUCGUCCAAACUUAAGAAAAACUAUUUGAUUUUUUUUAGAAAACAAAAAAGUGUUAAACAAACCAGAAUAUAUUUUAGAUUUUAGAUUCUUAAAGCUAGGAACCUCUUGCUUAGAUAGAGACAGUUUUGCACAUCUUGGUUGGAUUUUCUCAGUUAGCUUUAUGAGGUAGAGUCACCUGGAAUGUGAGCUUUCAGUUAACAGCUGUGCUCUGAACUUGUCAAGAGUUAAUUACUUGAAUUUCUUGCCUCUUAACCCUUAUAAGACCUGAACUAUUUUUCUUCGCUAUUGUGGCUAAUUGGCACCUGAUUAGUGUAAAUCCUACAUGAUGUAGUUUCUGAGAAAAAAUCAUGUCCACAUAUGAGGACUUCAGUCCUAUAUUUCAAUAGAACACAAUGAAGUCACAAUUCAUAAUUAUGUGCAAAACUUUCAUUUUGUGCCUAAACACAUCAGCAUUCUUUUCCAUGAGUACAGAACAAAAAUAGAAACAAUUGUAACAUAACAAAGAAAAAAACAUAUUCAUUUACUGUAUUUACUGUUCAUUUACAAUUAUGAACCAAAUCAAAACUGUAAUGUGUUCAGCUCUUCUGCCACCACUAGGUGACAGUAUAAUGGCCUCAUAAGAGGACACCAGGCCCUUGUAGAGAAAAAUGUAAUGUUGUGGUCUAGACAGCCCAAAAUGUGAUGUCCACACAUGUGGAUGCCAGGUCUUGUAGUAGGUUUAUGUGUGUGAAAGCAUCAGUUGUAAAGUUGUGAAAAGGUAGAGUUACAGGUAUGCAGUGAAUUGCUCUGUUUGAGUAAUGUUUUAAUUCAUAUUAUGAGAAGAUCAGCACAGCCAAAUAAAGAAGAACUACUUAACUAAGUUAAGAAAAAGGUAUUUUUAGAAAUUAAGGUCAGUCAAUCCAAAUCUGAAGUUUUUUUCAAGAACUUUGAAAGCAUCCUCAAUUGCAGUCGCAAAGAUCUUUAAAAAGGUUAGGAUGGAACUGGCACUCAUCAGGACUGCCCUAGGAAAGAAAGAGCAAGAGUUACCUCUGUUGCACAGAAUAAGUUAUGAAGGUUAGUCAAUCUAAACCUGAAAUUUUUUUCAAGAACUUUGAAAGUAUCCUCAAGUGCAGUCGCAAAGACCAUCAAAAAAGUUAUGAUGGAACUGGCACUCAUCAGGACUGCACUAGGAAAGGAAGAUCAAGAGUUUUCUCUGUUGCACAGAAUAAGUUCUUUAGAGUUACCAGCCUCAGAAACCUCAAGUUCACAACAGCCUGGAUAGGUUUUUUGGUUUGUUUAACACUUUUAAGUUACUACAUUAUUCCCUAUGUGUUCCUUCAUAGUCUGGAUGACUUCGGUAUUCAUUUAUAAUGUAUGAGUUUUACCCUAGUUAAUGUAAAUAAAUCAAUCAAUUUAAUCAAAUUACUGACAAAUUCUUUACUUUUACUGUUCUGCAGUAAUUGGAUUAUGAAGUGCAUGUAAACACACUCACUCAUUUCAGCUCAUAACAAGAAGUAGACUUGAACCGGUCCAAUAUGGUCAAUAACUCACUGUACUCUACCUGUCUGUUCUAUAGAUGUACAUACAGUGCUGGGAUAUACAGUACAUACAGUAACGGUGGUAUUCCUGUACCACACUAAUGUAGUAGUAAAAAAAAAAAAGAAGAAAAAAAAAUCCUCUUUUUUAUAAGUUGUUGCUCCUGUAAAGCAGCAUGAAGAUCAAGAUUGAAGUGAAUCCAAAACCAGGAUCCUAAUGAAAGUUUACCUUUCUAUUAUUUUGCUAAAAUAGUUAUUUGUUUACAGUGUUUUUGUGUCUUGUGUCGACUUCUGAAACGUUGUAAAGCAGCCCAAACAAGAACAGCAUCACCGGUGUGAGUGUGUGUGUGUGUGUGUGCGCGCAGUACAUUUGCAUAUUAGGGUUGCCACGGUAUGAGAUUUUUUUACGGUAUGAUGAACAUCUUUAAAGAAUAUUGUGGUAUCACUUUAUUAUAAACCUUAAAUCACCAACAGAAUAAUGAUAAUAAGCAGAAUUAUAAAUGUAAUGGAUCACAGACUAGUACACAUGCAUUGGAUGGCUGCUAUAGGAUUAAAACAUGGGAUUUAAUUAGCUAAAAUGCACUGCAUUGGAUAGAUAGUAAGUUAGCCAUGUUAGGCAUGAUGGUAUCUGCUGUGAUGCUUUUUUAUGUUUUUCUGAGCUGGAUUACUCACUGACAGUUGGGCACCUAGAUGGUUAGAUACGGUGAAUCCUGCUGUUUGCUGUAAUGUAGGUAUCGGUUCUGUAAGUUAUUCUAAACCUGCAUUAUGAAGCCUAGAAUGGCUGGUUAGCCAUGAUGCUAACAGUCAGGGUCAGUCGGGCUAAAGCCGUGAAGCUUACAAACACAUAAUCCGGCCUCUGCAGUGUUUAAGUGAGUUAGCCAGCAUGUUCGUUGUGAUGCUAACUGUUUUUCUGAGCUGGAUUACUCACUGACAGUUGGGCACCAUGCUGGUUAGAUGGGGUGAGUCCUGCUGUUUGCUAUAAUAUAUGUAUCAUUACUGUUAAUUAUUCUUAACCUGCAUUAUAAAGCCUAGAGUUGCUGUUUAGCCAUGAUGCUAACAGUCAGGGUCAGUCGGGCUAAAGCCGCUGAUCUUACAAACACAUCAGUGAUUAAGCGAGUUAGCCAGCAUGUUUAUUGUGAUUUUCUGAGCUGGAUUAAUCACUGACAGUUGGGCACCAUGCUGGUUAGUUAGGAUGAGUUCCGCUGUGUGCUAUAAUAUAUGUAUUAUCUUUGUAAGUUAUUCUAAACUUGCAUUAUAAAACCUACCCAGCUGGCGACCAAAAUAAGUUUACGUCAGGAUUACGUCUAAUACUGUUACGUGCCUGCCGGGCUAGAGCGGCUGGUUAGCCAUGAUGCUAACAGUCAGGGUCAGUCGGGCUAAAGCCACAAAGCUUACAAACACAUAAUCUGACCUCUGCUGUGUUAAAGCGGGUUAUCCAACAUAGUAAAGUAGUGAUGCUAGCUGUUUCUCUGAGCUGGAUUACUCACUGACAGUUGGGCACCAAUGCAAUAUGAAGCCUAGAAUACGGCCAGUCUUGUCAGGCUUGGAACAAGUUAGUUGAGAUUCUGUUGUGAACUGUUUUUCUGAGCUGUUUUUUUCGCUGAUAGUUGUUGACAUUCCCAAAAACAUGAACAGCAUAAUAAUAAUAAUAAUAAUAAUAAUAAUAAACAGAAUUGUGAAUAUGCUGCAUCUCGUGUGGAUUGCUAUGAUAUAGAAUAGCAGGUCAGCCGCAAUGCUAACAACUGGUUUUAAGCGCGUGAAGCUAACAGACACAGCAGCCUGCCUGUUUAAGCACUGUGUUUAAGCAGAUUAGCCCCAAUGCUAACUGGUAAAAGCAAGUGUCCACAGUUUGAUAACCAUCCAUUUUCAUACCAUAGCAUACUGUAAAAUUGGUUACCGCUGCAGCCUUAAUACAUGUGUGUGUGUGUGUGUGUGAGAGAGAGUGUGUGCAAGUCAGGCUGUUUGGAGAUAACUGUUGCCACUGGCACCCUGGGAAAACAAAAGCUGAUUAUUAAUGUCUGAUAGAUACCGGAGGUCUGAUUUUCAAAGUUAUCUUUGUUUUUUAUCAUUAUUGAUCAGGGUUGUGUGUGAUUAUCUCAGAUUUUUUUUGGUGUGUGUGUGUGAGUGUUAUCUAAAGCCAAUUAUUACUGCUUUACUUUAGCGUUACGUAACGCGUCCUGUUGAACAUUGACCAUGAAAUUACAGGGUCAGGGAGGAGGAUCCGGUGCAGUGGUUUACAGUGCAGGUCGGCGUUAUCAUCCUGUCUGAGCUGUUGUUUAUGGCUCUGUUGUCGUUUCUCUGUUUUUUGUGCAGUAUUGAAUUGGAUACGUAUAAUGCGUAAUGAGGUGGGUCAAAGAUUCACAAACAAAGUGCCAUUCACUGUUUAUCAGCAUGUGGAGCUCUAGACUUUAGGACAAUUUUGUUUUAGGCUAUCAGCUUGUGCUAUCCGUUUCAUUUCCAUCAGAAGUUUCAUCAGCCAGUACAGUAUUAUCAGUGUCCGGUUGUGUUUUGGAUUAACAUAACACCAACACUCCUCUCUUUUUGGACUUUGGCAGUUCUCAGUGUUUGUAAAUGUUUAUUUAGACAGUUUAUUUUAGCAGAUAAAUCCUUUAAAAUAAGCCAAAUACAACAUUUUUAAAUCUAACCCUGUGUUCACACUAUCAGCGCAGCAAAAGGCAAAACAUUUUAUGUAAAGAAUUACAAGAUAAGACAACCAUAUUAACCAUAUAUGCACGGUAACCAAUUUCUGUAUUUUUAAAGUAAAAUAUAUAUACAUGUACAGCUCUGGAAAAAAAAAUAAGAGACCACUUCAGUUUCUGAAUCAGUUUCUCUGAUUUUGCUAUUUAUACGUAUAUGUUUGAGUAAAACAUUAAACUACAGACAACAUUUCUCCCAAAUUCCAAAUAAAAAUAUUGUCAUUUAGAGCAUUUAUUUGCAGAAAAUGAGAAAUGGCUUUUUCAGACCUCAAAUAAUGCACAGAAAACAAGAAAAUAUUAAUAAAGUUUUAAGAGACCAAAAAUCAAUAUUUGGUGGAAUAACCCUGGUUUCACAGUUUUCAUGCAUCUUGGCAUGCUCUCCUCCACCAGUCUUACACACUGCUUUUGGAUAUCUUUAUGCCUUUACUCCUGGUGCAAAAAAUUCAAGCAGUUCAGCUUGGUUUGAUGGCUUGUGAUCAUCCAUCUUCCUCUUGAUUAUAUUCCAGAGGUUUUCAAUUUAGUAAAUCAAAGAAACUCAACUUUUUAAAGUGGUCAACAGACAUCUGUUAUUUGAAUAUUAGCAUUGUUGAAAUUAGUUCAGUGAAGGGAGCCGCCAUCUUGGAAAGCUAUCAAAAAUUGUCAUUUUAAGCUUAAUAAAUGAGCUUAGGUCACACUCUUGACACAUGGCAUUAUCCUAAAGGGGUAUAAUCAAAUGAUCUGAUCUGAGGUGAGGGUGUAGGUGUCAUUUUUACCACAGCUGGCCAUGCAGCAUCAUAAAGAGAUAAUUUAGGACUAUAUUAAAGACCAUUUUUUUUCUCUCACAUUAUUUUAAGAAGGCGAAGCUCAAGAAUGAGACACGUGCAUUUUAAAGAACUUUUGAAGAAAAAGAAAAAAAAAUACAAUUUAUACUAAGUUCAAAAUCAUUCAUUUCCUUUAACUGAUUCAUUUAAAUUUUGCAAUUAAACAUUUGUACAAUUUUAGAAAAAAAAAACAAUGCAUAUAUAAUACUAUUUUAGGUUUUUGUUUUUUACUUAAAAGCUCGACCUUGUACACUCGCACAUGCAACAGUGAAAGUGGCCUAAAAUACACCCACACAUCAGACACAACACUUGUGGUGACAUGAUUAAUGUCUCGAGUCUUCUGCUAGUGUGAACACAGGUUUAAACUAUAUUAUAAACUUCUUAUUGAGACUGCGUCCAAAUGAUGACAAGACCAGGUCAGUGUUAAAAACCUGAAAACAGCAGGUUGGCAUUGGUUGGAUCAAAGCUCUUUAUCUGAACUAAUAUCCCCCUGAACCCCAUCGCUGUGACCUUUACACACGCACAUACACACAUGCUCACAGUAUUAUUAUUUUAUAUUAAUUUAUUUUCUAUUGUGAUAUUUAUUCAAACACAGAAUGACCAAAAACACUUUUUCAAUUUUACUGUAAACUGUAGCUCACUGUAGUUUUAGACACAGAAGAUUAGCUGUGAUGAAAGGUUAGCUGAGAGUGUUAGCUUUUGUUAGCUGGUCAGCAGCGUUCUAGAAUUUGACCACAUGCACUGAUACAAUUUACUUUGUCUUUGUCAUCAUCAUCAUCUUCAUCAUCAUCAUCACUAUUAUCAUCAUUAGGGGUGUCACGAUUCUCUAAAUCCUUAAAUCGAUUUUAUUUCCGAUUUUAGGGUCACAAUUCGAUUCAAUUCUCAGUUUUCUUUUUUUUUUUUUUCUUUUUUUUUUACAGCAGAGAGGCCUAUGCCAGUUUUAGAUUAGUCUAUGGUCAGUCAUUGGUUUAGUUCAUCAAAUUAACAAUAUCUUAUUUCAAAAGGUGGGCUUGAUAUAAGUGAUGCAAAGUGAUAUAAGUGAUCUGUAAUACACCACAUUAGGCACUAAUGGUCAAAUUUAAAUUAUUGAAUUAAGAUAUAUAUGUAAUGCCAUCUAGUGGCUUUUUUUGGUAGCAGUGUGCGCUAUUUAAACAGCAAUGUGCAACAUAACAAAAUAAAUAAUAAAAAAUACAAGAACAGUCAUGAACAAAAUAAUCAAACAAUUAGAGCCAUUUGAGUAGCGCGAGAGCUUGUGUAGCGUAGAGGGAGGGAUCGUCAAUCCUCUUUUUGACUUCGAGGCUUGGGACCAUGACAUAAUUUCGAUCGAUUUCGAUGACAUAUCGAAAAUCGUGACACCCCUAAUCAUCAUUAUAAUGUAGAAACACACUGAAGGUAUAUCUCUGUCCUGUGGCACGGGUUCGUCUGAUCACUGCAUUUGAAGGGAAUAUUGUCAAUUAUUUUUUAUCAAUAUUAUUUAUAUGAUAAUUUUCCAUGGCUGUUCAUCUCAAGACUUCCUACAACUUUUUCUGCACUGAUCUGUCUUUCAGAAUUUUUUACUGUUUCUUUGUAUGCUCUUUAAAUGUGUUAAAUGUGUUGCGCUGCAGGUAUUCCAAAUCUGUGAACAUUCAGACACACACUGCAAUUUCAGGCACGAUUAUACUAGUUUGAUCAGUCAAUUUUCCAACAAACAAAAUUGAUACAUCUGAUUAUAUUGGUUUUUGAGUUAACUCAACUUUAUUUAGUCAUGCAUUCUUUAAACUUACAUUUUUUACUAAUCUUUAGCUGAAACAUUUACUAUAUUUUUCGCACAAUAAGGUGCACCGGAUUGUAAGGCGCAUUAUGCGACACUAGUAAGGAACAGGGGUGCCGCCAUGUUUUCCUUCUAAUUAAAUCAAACGAGCACUGGAUGUUAAUUUUACACAGAUUUUUUUCCUGAAAACUGUUUAUUUGGGUAAGUAAAGUCCUUCCGUUUAUUUACAGUAAACUUAGAUCUCCAGUUUUCCACAAAGACUGCAGCAUUAGUGGCUAACCCCUAGCGCCAACUGUUUGCAGCUAACGCAGCCCGACAUCAUUACACUGAGUGGUCUGGUACGCCAGGGUGAUAUCAGCUAGCGGUUUGUUUUAGCACGAUAAACACACAAACUACAGUUUGAUAUACUCACCUAUAAACAGCAAAAGAGCUAGCGCUGAACGAAGUUAGUGGCUAAUGCUAAUGCUGCUCCAGCAGUGCUAGCCAGGGUUAGCAGCAGUAAUUCGUAAAAAAAAAAAUAACAUUUUCUUUUAAAGUCAAAUGAGCGCAGGAUGUUAAUCUACACAGAUUUCUCUUCUGAAAUCUGUUUAUUUGGUUGAGUAAAGCGCUUCCAUUUAUUUACAGUAAGCUUAGCUUAGGUUGCAACAUUAGCAUUAGCGGUUAACCACUAGCACUAGCUGAGGAACACUGAGUGUUCUGGUAAGUCAGGGCGAUAUUAGCUAGUGUUUCAUCCCACGUAGCCUGUUGUAACACAGUAAAUGUGCUGAACGUCAAAAUAGCUAGCGCUGUGAUUAGCAGCUAAUGCUAGAACUGUGAAACUUCUGUAUAAUGCUGUACUUCAGCGGAGUGGCUUUACUUCUCCUUAAAACCAGACUGGUAAAAUUCUUACAUAAGGCUCACCAGAUUAUAAGGCGCACUGACGAUUUUUACUGUAUUUAAUUGGAAUUUAAAACAUUAUACCAUUCAAACCUGCAUUUUUUUAAAUUUAUCAAAGAACAAGAAGUGUAAGAUCUUACAGUGUUUGUCUGGCUUUACUGACUUUCCAUUAAGUAUAAAAAACCCUCUGCAAGACUACAGUGAGCAGGAAAUACCACAACCCCCCAGAUUAGUACACUAAGUAUGAGGCACUUCCUGUAUUAAUAAACUGUGAUCAUUCUGGAGUUCUAAAGGUAGCAAAGCCCACUGUGUACAAUAAACCCUGUAUGUGUAACUUUUUUUUUGUAUUUCGCCAUUAAACAUUAAAUAGAACCUGAACCUUCAGUACUGAUCCUGGAUCAGCUUCAUGCAACCAUAAUAUUUACCAUUCUACGUCCCGUCAGAUCUCAGAUCAGUAUUAAGGGCAGCUUUCUGAAACGUGUCAUUUUUUAAAGAUGGGAAUGUUGUGUGUCGGGAGUCUGUUGACUCGUUUUUAUGAGUGUGGGUUGGGUCGUCUCUGCUGUCAGAUCUGCCUAAUGUGAACUGAAUGAGCCUGCCAAAUGGAACUUGUAAAUAUUCUUCAAUAAACACCUUUUGAUUGUAUUAAAAAAUAA